AUGAUACCCAUCAAUCCUUACCACUUACUCUCUGCAACACCAGCUUGGACGAUGGGGUACAGUUUCACUCCCCCUGUUUCGGACAGAGUAUUCACCGUCCUUAUCGCCUGUAUCCUGGAGGAACAGCCCGGGAAGCAAGGCUUCGUCAUUAGUUUACCUCUUGACGUCUCUGCAGAUCAAGAUCUGAAAGAAAAAGAGCCUCGAGGCGUACGAGGUCACUAUGUUAGUGUCGAACGUGUCAAAGAAAUUGACGGUAAAGUCGAGUGGAUUAUGGCCACCCGUUCCUCUCCUGGUGGGCUUAUUCCGACAUUUCUCAGCGAGCCUGCCAUGCCGAGCAAAAUUUCCGAGGACGUCCCACACGUUGUUGAGUGGAUCAAGGCUAGGCGUGCUUCCAGCUCAUAA